AUGUCCGUCACCGUCGUCCUCGGCGCCCAAUGGGGCGACGAAGGCAAAGGCAAACUCGCCGACAUUCUCGCGCACGAAUCGCAAAUCUGCUGCCGUGCCCAGGGCGGCAACAACGCGGGCCACACGAUUGUCGCAAACGGUGUGACGUACGACUUCCACAUUCUGCCCAGUGGGCUGGUCAAUCCGAGCUGUGUGAAUGUGAUCGGGAGUGGUUGUGUCGUGCAUGUCCCGAGCUUCUUCAAGGAGUUAGAGGCGCUAGGGAAACAUGGUCUCAAGACGGAGGGACGGAUAUUCAUCUCGGAUCGUGCCCAUGUCGUGUUUGAUGUGCAUCAGCUGGUUGAUGGGCUGGAGGAGGUGGAGCUAGGUGGCGGAUUCAUUGGUACCACGAGGAAGGGUAUCGGCCCAACCUAUAGCACCAAGAUGACUCGUAGUGGUCUCCGCAUGUGCGACCUCUUCGACGAGCAGAUGUUCGAGACGAAACUCCGCCGGUUGGCCAUGGGCUUCCAGAAGCGCUUUGGGGACUUGCUCAAGUAUGACGUUGAGGAGGAGAUUGCAAAGUUCAAGACUCUCCGCGAAAAGCUCGCACCCUAUGUCGUCGACCAGAUCCCACUUCUCGCAUCUGCAAAAGAAGCAAAAGCCAAAAUCCUCGUCGAGGGGGCCAACGCGCUGAUGUUGGACAUUGACUACGGCACAUAUCCCUUUGUCACAUCCUCCAACACCGGUCUAGGAGGCGUCAUCACAGGCCUGAAUCUAGGUUGGCGAUCAAUAAAGGAGGUCAUCGGUGUAGUUAAAGCCUACACAACGCGAGUCGGAUCCGGCCCCUUCCCCACCGAACAACUCAACCCCAUUGGCGAAAAACUCCAAUCCACCGGCCACGAAGUCGGCGUAACCACCGGCCGCAAACGCCGCUGCGGCUGGCUCGACCUCGUCGUCGUCAAGCACUCGCACGCCUGCAACGACUACACCGCCCUCAACCUCACCAAACUCGACGUCCUCGACUCGUUUGACGAGCUCAAGGUGGCCACCGCUUACAGCGUCAACGGUCAGCCCCUCGACGGCUUCCCUGCUAACCUCGACAUGCUGGCCCAGGUCGAGGUCUCGUAUGAGACCCUGCCGGGCUGGAAUAAAUCGACGACAGGCGCGAAGAACUGGUAUGAUUUACCGGCGAAUGCGAGGGCCUAUGUCGAAUUCAUCGAGAAGUUUGUGGGGGUGAAGAUUAAGUGGAUUGGAGUUGGACCUGCGCGGGAUCAUAUGAUUACUCGGGCGUAA